AUGCACACGUGGAAUCUUCUAGAUGUUAUUUUAACUGCCAAAAGCAAACCUUUUGUUAAGCGCGAUCAAAAGGAACAAUCCGGGGAUCCGAAAAAAAAGCCAGAUUUAAUACCUCACAAGGGUGGUGAUGGAUCACCGGGUGCGGGUCAAAAAUUUCCCGAACUUCCCAAAACGUUAGAGGCGAGUUUGAGGCCGGAAGUGCCCAGAGUACAGCCGGAACCGUUGAAACCGGCGAGUUUGCCCAAAGACAUACCGAAAUCGAAUUCGGGGGAUGCUACAAAAUCAAAUUUACCAUCCAAGGCUCCGUCGGAAUCGAACAAAGGUUCGGAUUUUCCGUCGGCGAAAUUCAUGUCCAAAGUCCCGGAGAGACCGAAUUUACCGGAUUUGCCGAAAUUUUCACCGAAUCGAAACGAAUCUCCCAAAACUCCCGACUCGCCCAAAUUGCAAGAACUCCCCAAAGUCGUGCCCAAAAUCCCCGAACCGACGAGUUUUUCACCCAAAACUCCGGAUCUACCCAAAAUUCCAUCGGAUCCUUUUAAAACGACGACUCCGAAAACGACGACUCCCGACUCUCCGAAGGAUGUCAAUUUGUCGAAUAAUUCAAAAAUCGCCGACAGCGUGCCUAAUUUCAUGCCCGCGAGAAGACCGGAAUCCGUGAUGCCGAAUUUUCCACCCUCGGGAAAGAAUCCCGUGCCGCCGACGAGUCAAGAAUUUCCGCUUCCCCCCUAUUUGCCCGGAGUUCCGGGAAAUCAAAAAACACCCACGGAAAGGGGUGACGAAUUGUUUGGGCUUGGAAAAAAUCAAAAUAUGAAAAGUCCCAGCAAACCGUUCGGAGACCUGAGAGAUUUAUCAUACUCGAAAUCGGAAUUCCCGGAAAGUCCCGUCGAACAGUCGAGUGCCAAGAAAAUCGGAGAUGCUCUUUCUCAAAAAAUGCCCAAAAAAUACAGCGAAGUCUUGAAUCCGGAUUCAUUAGAAUCGAGCGACGUUGACGAAGACGACGAGGAAGUCGAUGAUGACGAUGAAGAAGAAGAAGAAGAAGAUUAA